GUCGGAAGAAAAUUUAAAAUCGAGAGACUCUUCGUCGUUAGCUCUUGUUGUAUCAAUUGAAUACUACUCGACAUGUCUGGGCGCGGAAAGGGCGGUAAAGUCAAGGGAAAGGCAAAGUCUCGCUCGAAUAGGGCCGGGCUCCAAUUUCCGGUGGGUCGUAUCCAUCGUCUUUUGAGAAAAGGGAAUUAUGCCGAACGCGUUGGCGCUGGUGCUCCGGUUUAUCUGGCCGCGGUAAUGGAGUACUUGGCUGCUGAAGUCCUAGAGUUGGCCGGUAACGCGGCUCGUGACAACAAGAAGACGAGAAUUAUCCCUCGUCAUUUGCAAUUGGCCAUCCGUAACGACGAAGAAUUGAACAAGUUACUCUCCGGAGUAACGAUAGCGCAAGGUGGCGUUUUGCCAAACAUUCAGGCGGUCCUCCUGCCGAAGAAGACGGAAAAGAAAGCUUAAUCUUGACUCGAUAAACCAAACGGCCCUUUUCAGGGCCA